GGGCAUAAUGGAUCAAGUCUGAGCUCAGAGAUGAGGAACGGCCUCAUCUCAUCUCAUGUCUGACUGUCUGUGUGUCUGUCAUGUGUCACUGAUAGUCAAACAAUAGUUACAUUGUGCGUGUGUGUUGCCUAACACCCCCCCCCCCCCCCCCCCCCCUCUCUCUCUCUUUCUCUUUCUGUGUAACAGAAGGAUGAGGUGUAUCUGAACCUGGUACUGGACUAUGUUCCUGAGACAGUCUACAGAGUGGCCAGACACUACAGCCGAGCCAAACAGACCCUGCCCAUGGUCUAUGUCAAGGUGUGUGUGUGCAUUGUGUUUCCAUCAUGUGUGUCCUCAUCCUCUGCUCUCCAUUUCUAAUGUAUGCAUGUCCUCCUGUGUUUGUGUUGUAGUUAUAUAUGUACCAGUUGUUCAGGAGUCUGGCCUAUAUCCACUCGUUUGGGAUCUGCCAUCGGGACAUCAAACCCCAGAACCUGCUGCUGGACCCCGAGACGGCCGUGCUCAAACUCUGUGACUUCGGCAGGUCAGUUUAAACUAUGUGAAAGAAUCUGCAGUUCUCAUUUGCUUUGCUUUGAUGAUGAUGAUGAUGAUGAUGAUGAUGACAAUGAUGUUAAUGAAAAUGAAAAUGACUAUGAUAUUGAUGAUGAUGUGAAUGAUGACGAGGACGGUGAACAUGGUGAUGAUGAUAUGAAUGAUGAAGAGGACGGUGAACAUGGUGAUGAUAUUGAUGAUGAUAUGACUGAUGACGAGGACGGUGAACAUGGUGAUGAUGAUAUGAAUGAUGACGAGGACCGUGAACAUGGGGAUGAUGAUAUGAAUGAUGAAGAGGACGGUGAACAUGGUGAUGAUAUUGAUGAUGAUAUGACUGAUGACGAGGACGGUGAAGAUGGUGAUGAUAUGAAUGAUGACGAGGACGGUGAACAUGGUGAUGAUAUUGAUGAUGAUAUGACUGAUGACGAGGACGGUGAACAUGGUGAUAAUAUUGACGAGGACAGUGAAGAUGGUGAUGAUAUUGAUGAUGAUAUGACGAGGACGGUGAAGAUGGUGAUGAUAUGAAUGAUGACGAGGACGGUGAACAUGGUGAUGAUAUUGAUGAUGAUAUGAAUGAUGACGAGGACGGUGAACAUGGUGAUAAUAUUGACGAGGACAGUGAAGAUGGUGAUGAUAUUGAUGAUGAUAUGACUGAUGACGAGGACGGUGAACAUGGUGAUGAUAUGAAUGAUGACGAGGACGGUGAACAUGGUGAUGAUAUUGAUGAUGAUAUGAAUGAUGACGAGGACGGUGAAAAUGGUGAUGAUAUUGACGAGGACAGUGAAGAUGGUGAUGAUAUUGAUGAUGAUAUGACUGAUGACGAGGACGGUGAAGAUGGUGAUGAUAUGAAUGAUGACGAGGACGGUGAACAUGGUGAUGAUAUUGAUGAUUAUAUGAAUGAUGACGAGGACGGUGGACAUGGUGAUGAUAUUGUUUCGAGGACAGUGAAGAUGGUGAUGAUAUUGAUGAUAUGACUGAUGACGAGGACGGUGAACAUGGUGAUGAUAUUGAUGAUUAUAUGACUGAUGACGAGGACGGUGAACAUGGUGAUGAUAUUGACGAGGACAGUGAAGAUGGUGAGGAUAUUGAUGAUGAUGUGAAUGAUGACGAGGACGGUGAACAUGGUGAUGACUAUGGUGAUGACGAUGAUGAAUUGUGUGUGACUGACAGUGUGUUGUGCUGAUGUUGUGUCUCCAGUGCUAAGCAACUGGUACGCGGAGAGCCCAACGUGUCCUACAUCUGCUCUCGCUACUACAGAGCCCCCGAGCUUAUAUUUGGUGCCACCGACUACACCUCCAGCAUAGGUAGGCUAACAGCUAACUGCUAAACCCCCAUUUAAAUUCAUAUACACCCUAGCAUGGAUAGGCUAACUGCUAAAUGUUAACCCUGUUUAAAGUCAAAUUACACCUCUAGAGCAGGUAUACUAAUCACGACAUCUUCCUGUUUUUGCUCCGCCCCCUCUACAGAUGUGUGGUCAGCUGGUUGUGUGCUAGCAGAGCUGUUGCUAGGGCAACCAAUCUUCCCCGGCGACAGUGGAGUGGAUCAGCUGGUGGAGAUCAUCAAGGUACUGAUACCUGCCUGUCAGUUCUAGUGUCUGCCACCCAAUUCUCUCUAUUUCAUCAGAUGAAAGUUGUCUCUCUCCCUCCCUCUCUCUCUCUCUUGGUUGUUCUCAAUUGUUCCUCUCUUCACGGCUCAUGCUCUAUCCUCUGUCUGUCAUCUUCUCUCCCUCCCUUGUCUCUUCCUCCCGUCUCCCCCUCACCCUCUUUUCCUCUCCUGUCUCUGUGCUGUAGGUUCUGGGGACCCCUACACGAGAGCAGAUCCGAGAGAUGAACCCCAACUACACUGAGUUCAAGUUCCCCCAGAUUAAGGCACACGCAUGGACAAAGGUGAGUCAACAGGUACAGGAACUCUUUUACUACUCCACAAUCCACCCCUCCCCUAGUAUCAUCUUUCUGUGCUCACCUCGCCAGCCUGCCAGGCAUUCAUCUCUGCCAUCCCAUUUGAUCUGUAUCGCCCAAUUAUGAAAAUCAACACCUAGCCCCUUUCACCAAGGAACUUCAUGAUGGGCCCCACCUAGAUCUGUAAGGAUUUGAUAGGUGUAAGCAAUAUGGUAACAGCUCCAUCUAGCCCCACUAGCCUACUGGUAGGCUAGCUGGGGUUUCUACCAUAUUGCUUACAGCCAUCAGGUUCUUUCUAAUCUGCAAGGGCACAUGAAGAAGUCAUCAGGGCCUGGUUUCCCAAAAGCAUCUUAAGGCUAAUUUCAUCGUUAGAACCUUCGUAGAAUCAUGGUUAAAUCUCAGAGCCGUUUCCCAAAACCAUCGUUAUUAACAUUGCUCUUGAAAACGCUCGUAAUCUAACGCCUGCCUCAGACCACUCGUAGAACAGCUAAGUGCGUUGUUAGAUGCUUUUUUCCCCCUCCCAUGUCACUUUAUAUACAGAAGAUCUUCACUAAAUGUAGAAUCACAUGGUUUAUCGUCUCUCUAUGACCGCCGAUAACUUCAGAACAAAGUUGAUUACAAGUACGAAGUUGUCCAAUGUCUUUGCAAUUGAUACAAACAAGCAACGUACAGUUGAAGUCGGAAGUUUACAUACACUUAGGUUGGAGUCAUUAAAACACGUUUUUCAACCACUCCACACAUUUCUUGUUAACAAACUAUAGUUUUGGCAAGUCGGUAAGGACAUCUACUUUGUGCAUGACACAAGUAAUUUUUCCAACAAUUGUUUACAGACAGAUUAUUUCACUUAUAAUUCACUGUAUCACAAUUCCAGUGGAUCAGAAGUUGACUGUGCCUUCAAACAGCUUGGAAAAUUCCAGAAAAUAAUUGACAUCAUUUGAGUCAAUUGGAGGUGUACCUGUGGAUGUAUUUCAAGGCCUACCUUCAAACUCAGUGCCUCUUUGCUUGACAUCAUGGGAAAAUCAAAAGAAAUAAGACCUCCACAAGUCUGGUUCAUCCUUGGGAGCAAUUUCCAAACGCCUGAAGGUACCACGUUCAUCUGUACAAACAAUAGUACGCAAGUAUAAACACCAUGGGACCACGCAGCCAUCAUACCGCUCAGGAAGGAGACGCGUUCUGUCUCCUAGAGAUGAACAUACUGCAAAUCAAUCCCAGAACAACAGCAAAGGACCUUGUGAAGAUGCUGGAGGAAACAGGUACAAAGUAUCUAUAUCCACAGUAAAACGAGUCCUAUAUCAACAUAACCUGAAAGGCUGCUCAGCAAGGAUGAAGCCACUUCUCCAAAAUCGCCAUAAGAAUCAUCAUUUAGCAGACGCUCUUAUCCAGAGUGACUUACAGUUAGUGCAUACAUCUUUUUUUUUUUUCAUACUGCUGUGGGGGUGCUUUGCUGCAGGAGGGACUGGUGCACUUCACAAAAUAGAUGGCAUCAUGAGGAAGGAAAAUUAUGUGGAUACUUUGAAGCAACAUCUCAAGACAUCAGUCAGGAAGUUAAAGCUUGGUCGCAAAUGGGUCUUCCAAAUGGACAAUGACCCCAAGCAUACUUCCAAAGUUGUGGCAACAUGGCUUAAGGACAACAAAGUCAAGGUAUUGGAGUGGCCAUCACAAAGCCCUGACCUCAAUCCUAUAGAAAAUGUGUGGGCAGAACUGAAAAAGUGUGUGCCAGCAAGGAGGCCUACAAACCUGACUCAGUUACACCAGCUCUGUCAGGAGGAAUGGGCCAAAAUUCACCCAAUUUAUUGUGGGAAGCUUGUGGAAGGCUACCCGAAACGUUUGACCCAAGUUAAACAAUUUAAAGGCAAUGCUACCAAAUACUAAUUGAGUGUAUGUAAACUUCUGACCCACUGGGAAUGUGAUGAAAGAAAUAAAAGCUGAAAUAGAUCAUUCUCUCUACUAUUAUUCUGACAUUUCACAUUCUUAAAAUAAAGUGGUGAUCCUAACUGACCUAAGACGGGGCAUUUUUACUAGGAUUAAAUGUCAGGAAUUGUGAAAAACUGAGUUUUAAUGUAUUUGGCUAAGGUGUAUGUAAACUUCCGACUUCAACUGUAUAAAAAGAAAUUAAAACUGAGAUGACUGCAUUAAAAUAUAAACAGUAGGCUAUAGGCCUAUUUCAAUCAUAUUGAAAUACAGUACAUUUAAUGCUCAAUCAAUUGAUUGCUACUUGUAAGCUACUGUCUGUAAUUUGUCUUAAUAUAUUUCAUGAUAUGUAGCCUAAGGUGCGCAAUGAUGUGCCGAUUUGGUGCAUUUUUAUUGGGUUAGCAUUAGAAUAAGCUGUCUUCAAUUUGCAGCCGUAGGUGGUAAUAUCUCUCUAGGGACUGAAUUGUCGUCAGUAUUGUGAAAUAAUUAUAAUGUUAAGGAAUGAUUUGAAUGGAGAAAGCUGAUCCGAGAGCAGCGCUCCCUUUCUUUCGAUCCUACAGUAUCGACACAUGCUCCAGCAAUGCACUUAGCGACCGUUCUCUCUGCGUGGUGUUUUGGGAAACGCAUGUUACAUCUUUGUCCGUUGUAGGAAAGAUGGAUCAUUAAAAUACUCGUAGGCCUAAGUUCCAUUGCUAUCGGGAAAACGGGCCCUGGUCAUGUCAGUGAUAACCUCAAGGAAGGGAGAUAGGAAAGUGGACAUUGUCACAUUAUUUGAACAGGGCCCAAGGCCCUGCCCACUGCUCCAGCAUUGGAUAACCCCUUUUUUCUAUAAUAAGCAGGCAGUGUUGUAGAGCAGGUCCUCGUGGCGGCUCCCCAGACUUCACUUUGUGGUUGUUCUCUAGUACUGUAUUCCCCCUAGCCACCCAGUCUCUGUGCUGAUCUAGAGUCUCCUACCCUGCUGCUGAAGGGCUGGGCCCUUUACACUUGAACUGGACAAAUACAAAGGACAAUUUUUGGACAAACUAUUUUUAUAUAAUUUAUCCAAGCAUAAUAACCCCAAUAGUUAAGUUUAUACUAUAUUUAUGUGUACCACCCUCACCUUUCUGAUGACCUCAGUCAGUUAAGUUAGGUAAUAUAUGUAACAUAGGAAGUAGUAAUUACAUUAUCUUUCCAUUUCAUAUCAAUAAGCAGACACUGAUAAAUGAAUAACCGAAAUCCAUAGGCUUUACACCCCUCUCACACCUGCUAUCAUGACAACAUACAUCUUUGUGUGCAUGAUACUAGUUUUAAAUUGAUUGGUUAACUGAUUCCAGUCUUGUCUUUGUGAUUGGCUCCUUGACUCUUGUCCUUGCGUGUGAUUGGUUGCUAGGUAUUCCGGCCACGUACGCCCCCGGAGGCCAUUGCCCUGUGCUCUCGGCUGCUGGAGUACACGCCCACCUCGCGCUUCACCCCCCUGGAGGCGUGUGCACACUCCUUCUUCGACGAGCUGAGGGACCCCAAUGUCAAGCUGCCCAACGGUCGGGAAAAACCCUCCCUCUUCAACUUCACCACCCAGGGUACUGCACUCUGUCUGUCUGUCUGUCAGUCUGUCUUUUUGCCUCUUUCAUCCCAGUUUCAUCGGUAGUACAGAGAGACUUGUUUUAGUGUUUGAAUUGACUGAAAGACAUAGUUACUUCUCCUUUAUGCAUAAUGAUGUGGUCUCUCUCUGUCAGUCUCUGUAUUAAAGCUACUUGCUGUAAUCUGUGUGUGUCACCUGUGCUUGAGGUGUGUUUUGAUGUGUUUACCUGUGGUGUGUGUAAUCUGCUGUAAUCUGGUGUAUCCUGUCUCUCUCACAGAGCUGUCCAGUAAUCCCUCGCUGGCCAACAUCCUAAUCCCUGCCCACUACCGCACUCAGGCCGCCACCUCCACUCCAACCAACGCCUCUGCCUCCACAGGUCAGACCCACACGUCAUCAUUCCUCCAUCCCUCUCCAUCUUCCGUUUAUUUUCUCUCUCUCUUGUCUCUCUCGCUCUCUCUCAGGAAAAUGUCUUAUUAAAACACCUGUUUACUCAUUGAUAAACAUAUGAAUGGAUGUGUAAAUUAGUGAACAAUGUCUCUCUUCUCCUGUUCUCUUCUCCAGAUGGUAACAGCACAGAUCGCAGCCCCACCAUUACUGCCUCGGCCUCGGCCUCCAACUCCACCUCCUGAACCCCCCUCUCUGAACCCCCCAACCACCACCUUCCCCAUCGCCCCAGCCAGGGGUGAUGCCAGUGGAGGCAUGAUGACAUGGCAGGGUUUAAAACGGAUGACAACUACAACAACAACUCCAAGUCACCCAUCUAGGUGUUUGAUUUCUGCAACCUACUCCACUGAGGAUGUCUUUAUUGUCUGUUAGAAGGAAGGAGUGGUGGGGGGCAGGGGGAGGCUGAUGAAAUAUAAGAGUAUUCAUAUAUAAACGUGCCCUAUAUACACAAUUCUAGCCUGCUAAUGUUUCCAUGAGGACAAUUCUAUGUAUCAAAGUAAUUAGCUGACCCCACAACCACCUCCUCUUCUCUGUCCACAAUGAAGCCCCCCCCCCCCUCCUAC